GCUGGCCGGAUUAUGAUGUCUGCGUGUGCGUUGCGUAGAGAAUCUCGAUAUAAAUCAGUAUAUCUGCAAAAAUGAAAUCUUUUAAUGUGCGAUCCGAUACAGUGAUGUGCGAUGGUGCAACGGAUAUUGCUAACGUUUCUAACGAUCGCUUUAAGCGAAGUAUCGUUAGCGAUCGAGGAUACUAAACCACUUGCCACUGGUCGCAUUGUUGGCGGAAGACAGGUAGAUAUCCGAGACUUUCCGUAUCAACUAUCAUUGCUACACGAUGGUUACCACAUUUGUGGAGCUUCGGUAAUGUCCACCCGAUUUGCAUUAACUGCUGGUCAUUGUUGCACCGGAGUCAACGUAUCGAAUCUUACCAUACGCGGAGGAAGUUCGACCAAUGAUUUCGGUGGCAUAGUGUUUACUGUGGACCGACUUUUCAUCCACCCUGAAUACGAUGUUCGGAAUCUAAACUUCGAUGUGUGCCUUCUUCGGAUCGUUGGGACAUUCGCGGGAAAACCUAACAUUGGUCUCAUUCAACUAGGAACCAGUGGAGGAACACUGCCAACCGGUGCUAUAGGAACCGUUUCCGGCUGGGGUGCAACGCAAACGAAUGGCAACGCUGUUCGGAAUCUGCGCGCGACGCAAGUUAAAAUUUUGACCACGAAAGAGUGCACCAUUCAGACUCAAAAUUACGUUAACACAACAGAAAGCAUGCUUUGUGCCGGAAACGUUGGUAGUUCCAUCUGCGUCGGAGAUAGCGGAGGUCCAUUGGUGUACCAGCAGCGUCAAGUAGGAGUUGUAUCGUUCAUCAUCAACGAGUGUGGAGGGAUCGCACCGGCUGUUUACACGCGCCUGUCCAACAAAAGUGUGAGGGAUUUUAUUACACGGCAGAUCAACAAUAGGCUCGAUCAACACAAGUACUACUAUUCCCGGCAGCCCGCGCUGUUCCGAUUGCUGAGAAAGUAUGACCUGUGGCCUAGGAAUCAAACGUUGGAGUAUGAGCGACCGGCUAGGCCAUUAAACGUACCGACGCCGUUCAUCUACGGAGGCGAGAGUGUUUCGAUAGAAAACUUUCCCUAUCAGCUAUCGUUGCGCCUUGAGGGAACGCACGUUUGUGGUGCUUCGGUGAUUGCCGAACGAUGGGCAUUGAGUGCGGCACACUGUCUGGACGAGGCAUUGUACGCGUCCGCCAUUACGCUCCGGGGCGGAACUCCACAUCGUUUGGCCGGUGGAUACAUAUUCCUUGCCGAUCAAUAUUUACUGCAUCCAAAGUUUGUUCGCGAGACACUGGAUUACGAUGCGGCCGUGAUACAUGUGACCGAAAGCUUCUUUAUCGAUCCGAUACGUGCAGUUAGUCUGGCAAACACCAACACAAUGUAUCCGAUUCCCUCGGCUGCCGUCGUGUCCGGUUGGGGCACAGCGAACGAUGACGGAUACACACCGCUGAUACUGCAAUCGCUUGCAGUCUACGUGCAACAGCAGCAGUUUUGCUGGUCCUCCUGGAUAGAAAACUACACCGAUCGCAUGAUAUGUGCCGGUGGAGGCGAAAUUGGAAAAGACGUCUGCCAUGGCGACAGUGGCGGACCACUAGUACUGAAUGGAUAUCAAAUAGGAAUAGUGUCGUGGGGCACCAAUGUCUGUGCCCUGAACCUUCCGGGCAUAUACACAUCUCUGCGGAACGAUGAAGUACGUGCCUUUAUUAAGGUACACACUAACGUGUGAGGAAACUUUCUCGGGAGCUUUUGAAAUAAAAAUCCACCUUACGAAAAUAGGGAAAUAACUACUCAUUUAGAUACUGCACAA